AUGUCCUUUGUCCUUUGCAGAUAUCAAGGCCACGUUGGCGCAGCCCUGGUGCUCGGCGGUGUGGACAAGAACGGCCCCAGCCUGUACACCAUCUACCCGCACGGCUCCACUGAUCGCCUGCCCUACGUGACCAUGGGCUCCGGUUCGCUGGCCGCAAUGUCGGUCUUUGAAUCGCGCUGGAAGAAGGACAUGGAUCUUGAAGAGGGCAAGAAGCUGGUUCGCGAUGCAAUUUGCGCCGGCAUCUUCAACGAUCUUGGCUCUGGCAGCAAUGUGGACAUUUGCAUCAUCACCAAGGAUACGACUGAAUACAACCGCCCUUAUGAGAUCGCCAACCUGAAGGGUGUCCGCAACAACUCGUACCAGUUCAAACGCGGCACCACUGAAGUGCGCACCGCCAAGGUGAUCCCCCUUGAGGUGGAGUCCACCCAGACGUUCUACAUUGCCGCCGAUGGCUCCCGGAAGGCCGGCGAGAAGAUGGACACCUCUUCGUAG